CACUCAUGUUUUAAAGGCUCACUAUGAACCAGACUGCCUGUAAUGCAGGAUCACAAUGCCACUCACACACACACACACACACACACACACCUGGGGAACUUCCAGUGUCCGCACCUUCACUAAAGGUCGUUGACCUCUGAUUUAUCCGUUUUUCUCAAUGGAUCUGAACUUGGAUUAGCGUUUUUUGUAUUUCUCAUAAAGUGAGGAGAUGGCCCAGGUGUACAGACUGUAUGCAGGGGUACUGGCAGCUCUGGCUUUGUGCAAAUACUCUCUGGCCGGCAGUCAUGUGACCGAAGCGUCUGCCAAUCAAACCGUGUCAAUCGGAAACGGAGACAACGGCACAGAAAGCACGACAGAUACAGGGCAGUGGACCGGACACUUCUCAAAAUGUCCCGAGGCUUUGACAAACUACUGCAUCCACGGGGAGUGCCGUUACAUUACAGAACAGAAUGCACCGUCCUGCAGGUGUCAGCAUGGCUACAUCGGCUCCAGAUGUCAAUAUCUGGACUUGGAUUGGCGGAUAGGAGGAAAACGACAAAUAAUAAUCGCCUGCGUCAUCGCGGGGCUCGUUUUCCUGAUUCUUCUCAUCGUAUUCAUCUGUAUUUGUUCACAUCGGAGGUGCCGGUUGUGUUGGAGGAGACGAAGACGGAGAGAAGAACCGAGGAACGGCUCGGAGAAGCUCAGCAUGAUGGAGACACACACACCGUUAGCAUCAGAAUCAGAGCCAACACACACCAACGCUGUGUGAAGAGUGUGUGUGAGACCACCAGUCUGCGAAGUGUUUACAUUGGAGGGAUUUCUGUUCUUCAUGUGACAGCUGCUGCCUUUUGUCUCACGGUGACAUCAGUCCUUUCCGAGGCCUGAAGAGGAAGAGGACGAGGGACAUUUUCCGGAUGAAGAUCAAGCAGCAGCACGGGAGUUUUGCACCCUUCUCUUAAAAGGGCACGAGUGUCUGAAGCUGUGAUGAAGCUCCAGUGCAAAGAGGACGAUGAACACGAGUUCGGAGAGUUCAUACGUGUUGGCAAGGACGUUUCUUUUCCAACGCUGGAACAAGUGCUGCAGACUGAAGGAGGCUAAAUCAGGUGUUGCUAUGUUGGAAAAAGAUGUGACAGCAGCUGGCAGCUGGGGAUAACAGAUGGUCAGGUUAUUGUGCGAUGUGGGAGACAAUAAGCCCUGUUGGCAUCGCACUAUAAUUACCUGGGGAGCUUUAGGAAUAUAUAAUUACUGUGAAGGUCUUCUGUGAUUUAAUCCCAUGCUGAUCGGCAAUCUCCGUUGUUUGUCAACUAAAAACUCACCCAUUAUAGCUGUAACAUUUCCCCAAACAUGGACUUCAUGUGAUUACAUUAGCCUGAGAGACUGUUAUCUAAAUCUAACAAGCUAACUAGCAAACAUAAGCUAUAUAUCUAACAAGCUAACGUUAGGUUUGUGGGAGACAAUAGGCUAUAGGCGCAUUCACAACACAGUACUUUCCCCACAAAGGUUCAUGAGAACUUAGUUCAUGAGAACUCUUUAAUUCUCAUGAACUAAGUACAGAUCGCGUUCA